CUCUCGCUUUGAAUCCACACUUCUCUUGCUUCGUAUUAGUAUAGCCCUAGAUGUGACACAGGGUUUCUCUUUCCGUUCGUCGAUCUAUAUCGUCUUUCAUAAUGCUCCGAAGACGAGCCCACAAGAAAUCCAGGCGAGGCUGUUCGGAAUGCAAGAAAAGACACAUAAAGUGCGACGAAUCAGUACCACAGUGUGGAUUCUGUCUUGGUCGGAAGCUGGACUGCAUGUACGGCGAUUCCGUCGCACCCGCCACGCCCAGUCCCAAGGCCCAAUCGCCAGAUUCUUCAUCCAACCGCUUGCUAGAAGCAAAACUGCUCCAUCACUACUACACUAAUACAAGUAAUACUGUCUCCAGUCCUAGUGACUAUCACCAGUGGCACAACCUUUUCCCCGAGGCGGCCACCUCCCAUGCCUAUGUCUUGGACAGCGUUCUAGCAUUUACAGCCUUGCAUUUUGCAUAUCUAGAGCCCAACAGCCGGCAGACCUGGCUAGAAAUUGGCUCACACUACAAUAACAGAGCAUGUUCGGAGCUGAGGAGGGUCGUGGGUCAAGUUUCCGCCUCGACCCUGCGGCCAGCCUUGGUAUGCUCAAUUUACAUUGCUUUGUUCGCGAACGCUCGCAUUGCGCUAUUGGGCGAUAAAAUCCAAUCAAGCCAUCUGGCUGAUAUUCUCCAGACAAGGACGCUUCUGAAAGGCUGUCUCUUCUUUCACCAAACCAUGGAGAACAUGAACAUUCGUUCGGGUCUGAGGAUGGAACAAUAUCUAUGGCGAGACAACCCUUCCGAGAACCCCUCCUCCCCUAGCCCUGUAGUACCAGGUCCAACCGUCCGUCGGAUGGGUACUUUGGUGCUGGAAAAGUUCAAAACGGAACCCGGUCAAGGCAACCAGUCUCGAUUCGAGAUCUGCGCGAUCGCAUGCCAAGGGUUGAUUGAUAGCAUGGAUAGUCAAUAUACCGUCGAGACCCAGGGCCGAAACUUAUUCCUCUGGCCUUUGUCGCUGGACGAUUCGUUCAUGGAAUUGCUUCAGACGAACGAGUUUCCGGCUCGGCUGGUGUUUUCGCUGUAUGCAUUGGGAAUACACUUUUUCAAAGGAUUCUGGUAUAUAGGAGAAGCGGGCUACCGGCUCGGGAGGGAGCUUCUGCCGUUAUCAGAGCCGGUGUCGGAGUAUUGGGUCGACGUCACGACGUCUCUAAGGGCGGAAUUUGAGAUCGACCGAGCGGUUCAGUUUUAGGCCUUGAUUUACUAUGUAAAUGUAGGAUUGCUGAGCAUGAUGUACAAAUUAUUUGUUUUAUUUCAAUUGAAC